GCUUCACGUUCUCCAGCUCCCACUCGAGCCGCUGCGGCACAGCCACGGGUAGCUCCAACAUGAGCAGUCAACAGUCACCGGUCAGCAUGACCACAGGGACACUCGGAGUACUGGACGAGACCAGUGAAAACAUGAGUGGCUACUCCAGUACCCCAGCCAACAUGUUGAGCCCGCGGCCCCUGCCGCCCAUCCCCCAACAACAGAUGCCCCCACACAUGGUCCACAUGCAGGCCGGCCAGUACGGCCACAGCGCAUACCUCUACAACCAGCAGAUGCAGGGAAAUACAGACAUGACUCCCAGCAUGCAGCAGCAGUUGCGUCCUCAGUACCCCCAGGCCUACACCGGCUUCAACAGUUGUCGCAUGGGAGCCAUGCAAGCCCAGAGGAUGAUCAGCAUGCAGAACUUCAACCCAGACUCCUUCAACAUGCCCCUGGACGGGAUGCCUCAACCUGGUUUCACAGACACAACCUCGUUGCCAACGCUGGAGUCCCUGCCCGUCCCUGCAGAGCCAGGCAUGCAGCAGUACCUACAGUUGACAGCAAUUGACCGCUGCAACAGUCGGACAUCAGUCUAUGCCGACGGCACCACCUGAUCGAGGGGCGGGCUUGUGCUAUAAAUAGUUUUUUAGACUUUGGCCCACUCUGUGCGGCUCGUUGUUACUCUUGUUGAUCGUAAACUUCAGUCUGCCAUUAAUAAACGUGAUUGUAUUUAUCCGUCGCAAAAACUACAACGGAUGGAGAGAAAAGUGAUUGUAUUUAUCCGUCGCAAAAACUACAACGGAUGGAGAGAAAAGUGAUUGUAUUUAUCCGUCGCAAAAACUACAACGGAUGGAGAGAAAAGUGAUUGUAUUUAUCCGUCGCAAAAACUACAUCGGAUGGAGAGAAAAGUGAUUGUAUUUAUCCGUCUCAAAAGUACUACGGAUGGAGAAAAAAGUGAUUGUAUUUAUCCGUCGUAAAACUACAACAGUUGGAGAGAGGAGCUCCCCACUAUUACUGUUGUGAAAGUUUACAGUGAUAUUGCCUCCACUACAUAUUCAUACGGAAUGAUAAUAAUAAUAAUAAUAUCAUAAUAAUAAUAUGAUAAUAAUAAUGAUAAACUGUACAGUGAAAUGAAAGUUAUUCAUGUAGAAUAUGCUGUAUAGUAUGCUGAAGUCGAUUGCAUUAUUUUCAGAUUCAAAAGAUAGCUGAAAGGGAUGUAUUACAAAGUAGGAUUACAAUUACCGUGACGAAUGCUGGUUCAUGAAAGGGAUGUAUAGUCGAUCAUUAUUAACCCGGACCUAUUUGUCUUAUGUUGAGGUCGUAAAGAUAUCUACUACCAACAAAAUGAUGGUGUAAAGAUAGUUGACUGUUCGUUGUGAAUAUCCAUUAAAGUGUCUUGUGGUACACAUGGAAUGUACCUUACCUUGGUCUACAUCACUCAUUGUCCAUACGCAUGCGCACUGUUGAACACUCGUGAUGGCAUCAUCAAUGAUAUGGUGUAAACUUUGAUUAUUCGCAAAGAGCAUAUAAUAUACAUAUACUGAAAUAUAUAUUUAAAGUGUUACCUUGUCCUUGCAUAUAAUGUAUGUAGUAUGUUUCACAUAUGAUAGAGUGUGUUAUGAAAAUGAUAUGCUUUCCUCUGAUAACUGAGUCAGGUGUAAACGCAGUCCUCAAAACAAAAA